AUGGUUAUGGAUCAGUUUAGAAUUUAUAUCUUCGAUAAAAGUCACAAAUAUGUUGUAGAAGAAUGGCCAGAGUUUGACAAUUUCUUAGAAGACGAAGUAGAUUACAUUCAAGUACGUGAUGUGAACGAACUAAAAGAGGAUCUUUUGAACAGGAAAUUUCAGACCACAGGCAGAGGAGAAUACGGUAUAAUGUUAGCACGAAACAAGUGUGAAGUGCAUAACUUUUAUUAUGGAUUUGAUAAUUGUUAUAUCGAAGACGAAUAUUCAGUAGGAUUUCUACUGCUUCACACUAUAGGUCAUGGUUUAAUUUUACAUCGUAUAAGAGACAGAAAACACAAAGAGUGGCUGGAGAUCUGUCCAAGUGAAAACUAUAACACAGUAAGAAUAUAUACAUACAAUAACCAAAGGCUAAAUAUCGAGUCUACAAAGAUAAGAUACAUAGAUGUAAGCAAUGAAGACGAUAUAAAAAAGGACUUAUUGCACAAAGGAUUCGAGUUGAGCAUUUCUAUGAUAUUAGGAGAGGAUAUUAAGAUUAAAGAUAUAUCGGAGGGUUACAAGACUUAUAAGGUGAUCACCGAAAAGGAAAUUGAAGACAGGAUGGAAGAUAUUAUGUCGGAACUGUACGACGUUUUGUAG